AACCAAAGACAAAGUGAAUGUAAUGGUGUAUCAAAGUGUGGAGAAGAAAGCCUCGGAGGCUGGCAUUGUUGAUCCUACAGAGAUAGCACAAGCAAUCCAGUUCCUGCAUGAUCUUGGGUCGGUGCAAUACUUCCCAACGGAGCACCUGAAAGGACAUGUAGUGAUAAACCCUCAGUGGAUUGUAGAUGUCAUGGCCUGUGUGGUGUCCAUCAAACAGGAAGGGAUCACGGAUGGGCGUCUGAUGCACUCAGAUCUUGAUGCUGUGUGGUCCGAGUACCAUACGAUGGCCUCCUGGCUACUCCGGCUUACAGAGGAGUUUGACCUCACUUUUCAACUAGAAGGGGAGAGUUGUAACAUUGUACCCUGCCUACUCCCAGAGAAAUGGCCUGAUUUUGAGUGGCCUGAUAUCAUCAAGGAUGAAGGGAUAUAUGAAAUGAAGCUGGUCUACAAGUUUGAUUACCUGCCUUCAGGCUUGUUUAACAGGGCACAGGUGAGGCUUCAUGGCUACUCGGAAGACUCUAUGAUUUGGAAGAGAGGCUCCUUCAUAGAGAAAAAUGGCCAGUUAGCAUUGAUACAACAGGAUGGAGAAUCAGAGCUGAGUGUGAGGGUACAAGGUCCAAACCCCAGUAACAUGCUCUUUUUCAUCCAUGAGGUAUUUGAAGGUUUGAUCAACGAGUCGUUCCAAGGAGUCACCUAUGACUACGAGAUACCGUGCCCCGACUGUACCAAACAUUACCAGAAGGACCCACACAUGUUUAAGGCGUCCAGUAUACGUCGAGCCCUGGAGCUGAGGGCGCCCUUCCUGCAGUGCCAGAAACAGUUUCACACGGCGUCAAUACUGAGCCUUCAGGCCAUUCUCGCCCCAGACACUAACAGUGACUAUGAAGUACACCUCGACCAGGACGUCAAUAGUCUGCUACAGAUGCAGAAGGAGAUGGCCACAGAUAUUUUCAUCUCCUACUGCUCUAGAGAUGCUCCUAAAGAUAGGUCAGAGGUCAUACAUCCAGCUGAUAUUUACGCCGACCUUGAGAAAGAAGGAUUUUCUUGUUAUUUCCCGGAGGGUGGAGCUCUGUACUCCCGUGAAGAGAUGGCCCAGCAGCUUGUCCAUUCGUCAGUGUUCCUCGUACUGAUCUCCAAUAGUUACGCUGCUGACGAGGUCUGCUGUGACAUGUAUAAGUACGCUGUCAGCACCAUGAAACGCCCAACUAUCUGUGUGGCUGUGGGCGAGAACUUUGACUGGAAAAAGAGUCCCUCACUCGGGGUUAUCAUGUCGGAUGUGGUAUUUGUGAACAUGAUCAACUCUAAGAAGCCAGUGUAUGAAACCAAACUAAAGGAGUUGCUCUCCACACUACAGAAACACGAACAAAUCUCUCAGGUGAAACCGGAGACUUUCGGUUCCUGCUUCAUCAGCUACUCCUGGGCUAACUCUAGGUUAGCUGUAGAGUGUGGUACCAAGGAGCUACCAGGAGCCCUGGGGUUUGGGGAUCCACGCCACAUUAAAGAUUAUUUGGAGGAGAAAGGCAUAAAAUGUUGGUUAGAUAUUGAUCAAGUCAGUGUGAAUGACCAGUUGUUGAACAGGAUAGCACAGGGUCUGUCCGAGGCGCGGGUAGUGGUGGUCUGUGUGUCCGACCAGUACGCCCAGUCUAAGAUGUGCUGUAAGGAGAUGAGGUUCGCCAUACAGCUCGAGCUACCAGUGGUGGUGGCCAUUGUUGGAUCUGGGAAGCAGUGGAAACGGUCAGAGGUGGGCUUUAACUCCAUGUCGUACCCUGCUGUGGACUUCCAGCGACCUAACCCCAAUGCCUGUGAGGACCUGCUCACACUAAUAAAGUCAGAGAUAUUACCUGAACGUGUGGAGGUGACAGACAGGCGGAAGAGAAAAGACCAGUCACACAGUGACAGGGCUAACAACUCAUUUAAGGAAAUGUAUGAGCUUGCCCAGAGGAAGUUUUUGAGACAGAUAUCAAAUUACGCUGUCACUCACGACAUGGCUAGCUACCCCCGCCUGUUUGUGGUGGACAUAGUCGACAAUAAAUCACCAGAAGUAAAGAACACCUUACCAAAUGAAGAUGAGUUUAAGUCCAGAAAAUACUGCGUUCACACCUUGUGUGAAUGUGAACAGGGCUGGCACUCAGUCUGCAAACCUCUGGAAUUGGAGGAGGACUUUACUGGCGAAGAUCUGGAGGAAUAUGCUUCCUACCUGGCUCAUGUUACCUUGGUGAUGAAACACAGUCCAGACAUUGUCCUUAAUCUCUUCUCAGAUGUGGAUGGUCAACAAUAUCUCAAUUAUAUACAGGAGCUGACUUUGAAAGGUGGCAACAAUUUUGAGACAAGUUAUCAGCAACUACGUCAGAAGGUGUUUGAAAUGGAUUCAAACUCAGAGAAAGGAAAACUUAAAAGGUGUCGUUUGCCGACUGGGAAGAUUAUCUGGCUAUGUAAAGAGCACAUCGCUAAGCUGAAGGUGACAGUGUUAAGUGAAAACGUGACGGAGGUCCAACAGAAGUCCACCAACCAAGUGUGGGUGGAGGCCAUGAUGGAGGCUUUAAGGCUGUCGCAGAACCUGCCGUUCACUUUCAAGCCUACUGCUUUACAGAGCAGGACAUUUAACAACACUGCUGAAGAUGUGGCUGAGGUUGAGAGACACACAAAGAUGACCCUGUCACGUACAGCUUCAACAUUGGACAAGGCAGCCAUCAUUCAGGCCGCUCAGGCAGUUCAGGGCUCUGACUCACAAAAGAAAAAAAAGGAGAAGAAACCAAAGAAAGAAAGGAGAAAGAAACCUCCGAAAGAAGAUGGAGAGAAACCUCAGAUAGAAGAUGGAGAAAAACCUCAGAUAGAAGAUGGAGAAAAACCUCAGAUAGAAGAGGGAGAAAAACAUCAGAUAGAAGAGGGAGAAAAACAUCAGAAAAAAGGGAGGAGGGGAAACAAAAAGUCAAAUAAUGAGGACACUUCAGAGAUCCCUUUGGGGGUGACUUCACAAGAGACUCCUACUGAAGUGGAUGUUGAUAGUGUAGAAAAGGGACACAUGGAAUUACCCCCUGUUCAACAAGAUAGUGUAGAGACACAGGAAGUGGCCACUGGUGGCUCACCAACAAGAAUUGGUGGGGACACGUUAGCAGCAAUAGCUGUUCCCAUGACAACACUAGACAGCUCAUUAGGUGAGGAGACGGUAGAACAGCCCAAGGACCUGACCGCCCCAGACUCUCCAUCCAAUAAUGAAAACGAGAAUGCUCACAAAUACUCGCAUCAGGAUUCCACAGUUGCCUCUAUUUCACAGGUCAAUUCUGUUCCAAACACUCCCACCCCUACGUCUCCUGUCCCUCCGACGAACAAACACAGAGACACUGAAGAAAACAAAGACAGCCUUUACCAAGAUAAAGCAGUGAGCAAAACAUGUAUGAUACUGUAGCCUUGUUAACUUAGGGCAAUAGUUGAUAUUUAUACUUUAACUGUUACAGAAUUAUGACUCGUAUGUCUGGUCAAACUGUGUUCACUGCAAAACGCCAAACUAAUAACAGUGAGAAAUUUCUGGCUACAGCAUCAUGUGCCAUAAUAGAAGCGUUCUUGUUUAAUUACAAUGUUUGCUCAAAUAACUUUUUCCGCAAUAAUUUUGCCUUACUGAUCUCUAAGUAUCAUAGGACUGAAGUAUGUCCUGAAUAAAUCUCCUCAAUACCAUUUCCAUAUUCAUAACUGAUGCUAAAUUUCCCUAUAUAUCAUUUAGUAUCAUACUCUAAUCCUCUCAAUUCUAUGCUUAAAAAGUAGGAAAAUAUUUAAUCAAAAGUAGGAAUAUGUUAGAUCAAAAGUCCAUUUUGUAUUAUAAUAAUGCUUUCUUUUGCAUCAAUCUCGUCUUGUUUAUUGUAAGAAAACCAGCAAUUCAGCAAUGAAAGUAUAAUUGCAUACUCCUUUGUUGAGGAGUAAAGAGGAAUAUGUUGUGUCCCACGACACUAUAUAUUCAUUUUUACAGGAUUAAUAGGAUUGUGUUUUAAUCCCUAAACACUUUAAACUCCUUUGUACUGGGGGAUGGGGAAUUAUGUUUUUUCUCUUCACUCUAAGUAGAGGAUUCAAUUCCAGAUACGAUCCCUAUUUGUACAAGAGGCCCAAGGGACCUGGAAAGCUCACCACUAUAGUGCAACAAACUUCUGGCCAAAGAGUAUCAUUCUAUAAGCCUUAUUACUUAUUCAUAUGUCAAAAGUUUUAGUGCUCCAUGCCAACAAGCUACAUACUAUAUAUUCAGGUCGCUUUGUUUUUCAGAAGAAGUCAUUUGAGAGCUUUUACAGAUUUGAUGCAUGUGAUACUGAAUAUAGGACAAGGUCAUUUCUUUCACAAACUCUUCAGUACUUAAUGCCAGCAAGUAACUGACUGCUUAUCGUGAUAUAUUACAUUUGGUGCUUCAGAAUAAAGCUCUUUGAGUGUUUUAAUUAAUUUCACCCCUGCAACCUUAAAUAUAAAUCUAGGUUAGCCGUAAGUUAUUUUAGUAUUUCAAAUAUGUUAUCCGUCUAUACUAGUAAGCCACUGACAAUACAUCAUGACUUUAAACAUCUUGGUUCUUCAGAAGUUGCAUUUUGUGUUUAAACAAACUUGACCCCUGUGACCUUGAAAAGAGGUCAAGGUAAUUUCUUUUCCCAAUUUUGUAGCACUCAUAAGCCAGGAAGCUACUGGCAAUACUUCAUGACUCUUGACCUGUUUUUGUUUUAGAAAAAAAGCCAUUUGACUGUGUUACAAAUUUGACCCUUGUAAACUUGAAUACAGGUUAAGGUCAUUUUUUCCCCAAUACUUUGAAAAGUUCUAUGCCAGCAAGCUGCUUUAUCAUAACUCGAGGUCUUUUCUUCGAUUAUCUUAAAAAGCUCUGUGAGUGUUUAACGGAUUUGACCCAUGUGACCUUGAAUGUUAGUCAAGGUAAUUUUUUUCUUAUACUUUGUAGCAUUCAUUGACAGCAAUCAUCUGACCAAACAUCACGACUCUAGGCUAGUGGCCCUUUUAUAAACAUAUUUUGUUUCCCUUUAUAAAGUUUGUGGCACCUGCUUAGUGUGUGACAUAAUGAAUAACACAAUUAUCUGACUGCUGGUUUGUUAUAAGAAGAUUAUUUUUAUAAACCUCAAAUUUUACCUCUAUUUUGGCCCUUUUGUGCACCACGAAGGCGCCAGCCCUUUCUCCUUACCAAAUCUGAAUCAUCAUCUUAUAUGGAUACUUCCUAUUAAAUUUGGUUGCUAUUGGCCUUAUGAGUUUUGAGAAGAAGUUUUAAGAAACUUUUCCGGAUGGACAACAUGCAGUAAACGAUGGAGGGCAACGUAUCCUAAUAGCUCACUAGGACCUUCGGGGCAGGUGAGCUAUAAUUCGGGUCAACGUUUAAUGUUGCAGACUGAGCAUAAUGAAAGAGAAUAUGCAUUGUAGUGUAUUCAUAUCUAUAGAAAAAUAUGUGUUGAUCAGUUGUGAUAUAUAGUACAAAAUGUGAUAAAUAACAAAGAUAUUUGCAUAUAAUAUACAGUGUAUUUUUUUUUACUUUGAAUUUUCAAACAGUAGUUAAUAUAUAUUAAUUUUUAUAUUUUUACAUAUACUAAUUUAAUGCUGUAUUACUUACAACAACUCAUUACAUUUUUACCAGGUUAUAUGAGGAAUAACUUUUUCGAUAAUUUUUUUUGUCUUAUAUGAAACGUUAUAUCUUCACAUGUGAACGUAUCAAUUUUUGUAUGGUCCAACGAUAGUGGUACUUUCUUUUCACUGAGUAGAUUUUCAGUUUCAAGUUCAGAUGAAAUGACGGCAGAAUAAGUAGUUGUUUUGGGAAACCUUUGCAACAUACAUGAUGGUAUUUACAUUACUACAAUGUAUACCUAAUUGAUAUUGCUUCUGUUUCAUUUUCCUAAUAAUUGUGGUUCUGCUGUCACUGCAAAAGCAUCAAACUGUUCAUGUUAUACAGUAACAUAAUCAGAAGACACACAAAACCUAUGUUUAUGUUUGACAUACAAAUUGACAUGGUUCUGGUUCUUUGUAAAGGAAAGAUUUAUAAUGUACAGAUAGCACAUGUAAAAAGAAAUCAUUAAAAUAUGCCGUUUUAUACCCUACCAUAAAAUGGGUGAGGGGGGGGGGGCAGAUAGUGUUGCCCAUGUACGUCGCGUCACGUCCCUUCCCGUAAAACACUGCAACUAAUUUCGCAUAGUGAUGGGGUCAUUCAUGUCUUACUUACAUUUUCUAGUAACAGUAUGGUUGAUUCUCAUAAUAAUGCAUACCGACAGUACACCAGUGCUGAAAAUAGCUUUUCUGUACGUUCAGACCAAUUAGUGGUAAACAGUGUUAUUACAGUUUUUUGUAUCAAUUCUGUGUUGACAAUUCUUUAUGCGAUAAAAACAUUACAUUGUAUCAUGCAGCAUGUCAGAAAUUUCCGAAGCUAAAAGCCUUAGUUCUUCAUAUAAAUGUUACCUGGCAUGACUUGUCCACAAAAAAUCUAAUCAGUUGCUUGUUAAUGUAAACCAAAUUUGAUUUGGAAGCCAACAAUUUUGGUCAAUUUUAGGAGAUACCCUUGGCAGGGAGAGAGUGUUACGAACAAAAGUUACCUGUAUGAGCUAAUGUGUUAAGUGCUUAUCAUUUUUCAGCAUUAUGUGACCAAUUUGAUACGAUAUUACUGGAAAGAACUGUUUCAAGAAGGAAUUUUCAGGAGGCAAUAGUUAUGCCAAGAUGUAGACACAGUUAUACAUGUCCCAUGUUUGUCGAACAGAAUAUUGAGUACUUUUGUAUAAGCUGUAGUCAAAUGUUAUACUGAUCUGUCAUUCUAUGGUGGUAUUGCCAAGUUUUAAACUAUCAAUGACUAAGAACAUUUUGCUUAACUAAGGUAGCUGUGUACAGUAGAGGGUUGUGGUGAUAUUUUUGUUAAAUGGCUAACCCCUGUAUAAUGAUA